UGCAGGUGAAAAUGGCAAAGACCAUCGGUGCCAGAAAAAAAUCUCUGUGGCAACAAGUGUGUGAAGAGUAUGAAGCAGAGCAGCCCAGUCCUCCCGGCGCCGUGUGGACGGACAGCGGCUCUGUGAGCACCCAGUUCUCCCAGUACAGCGCCAGUAAACACUCCCCGGUCUUCUAUGGGCUCACCACAGCCAAGGUGUUUGUGGAUGAUGACCCGCUGCACAGUUUUGACCCUCUGCUUUGCCACCCUGCUCUUGCCGGGUACUCUGUCUUGGGAAAACGUCCUCACUCAAGUCAGAGGCGCCCAUCAGCGGCUGAGAUUAUGUCCCCUCCUCAACUCCAUCAAAAUCCUGUCACAAGGCUCUUGGAGGAGAGUGUGUUUCCAGUGUUGUUGCCUGGACUGGAGGCCAUGCUGAAAGAGGCCCAGAGACAGAGCUGCUUCCAGAAGAAAAGAACAGUGUUUGAUCCAUGUGACUUCCUAACAGAGUGGCUGUACAACCGUAACCCCCGCCGGCAAGGGCAGGAGCCUGUGAACUUCCAUGACAUCCCCUUUGUCAAGGAUUGGCUCAGCAUACAUCCUCGGCCUCCCAUCCCUUUAUUUCUGCUGCUGACAGAGGAUCAGGCUGCUCUCCUCAUCCAGUCUUUCUGGAGGGGAUACAAGAUCAGGGUGCGUCCAGAUGUGCAGGAGCUGCGCCAGUGGCAGAGAGAGCUGAGAAACGAGUCCCUGGCCCAACAAGAGAGCCGAGCGGGCUCAGCCAGCAUGGAUCUCACAGAGACCCCCCCGCCCGAUAAUUCAGACGUGUCCAUCCAGGUGGUGUCCCCCUCCCCGCAGAGUACCGUGGUCCACACCCCCACCACCCAGAUGACCCCCGAGAGCACCGAGCUUCUGACCCCCAGUCUGCACAGGCAUGGAGGGGACGGCCCUCUCUGCCGCCGUUGACUGACUCCCUGCCGUGCCCGAGUGUGGCGACCUGCCGCUGGCUGCAGUGUCUCCGUCCCUGCUAGGAACUCCCAACCUGAGCUAGACCAUUAACACCAUGUACAAGGUUUUUGCCAUGUUUCGAGGCUAUUAAACGCCAGUAGGCUGGUGUCAAAGUGGCUGAAGUGAUCACUCAACAAGCCAUUAAAAAUGUCUGAAACCAAUUGGAUAUGGCGAGGCAAGGAUUUAUGGCCUGAGAUCUGUGGCUAAUUAGUUGAUUGCCUUCAUUGCCCUUUUGACGGAUCACUUCACAGGACUGACUUCACUGGGACUCACCCAACAAGAGAACACGAGUGCAGUUCACUUGCCAUAUCACUGAGAGUAGAGCCCCCUCACACUUGUUACAGACAUAAUGUUUCCUCUUCAUGAUAGCUUAUUGGAAGAUAAAAACAAAACAAAAAAAAGAAUCCUUCCUUGACUUGCCAUUUCCUCUUUCCGUGAUGAUAGACAGUACUUUGGCAUUUCAUAAAAGAGAUUAUAGCAUUUCCAUUCAAAACAGGAAUUUAGACCAGAGAAAAAAAGGUGAGUGAAAGUGCAGAGAGGCACUUUCUUUCCUGCUUAUCGGGAAAGUGGAAAAAAAAAAUGUCUGGGGAAAGGGAAAUAAAAAUGUGUUGAGAGACAGGAGAGAGAUCACCGUGGGAGGGUGAUUGAAAACUAUCUGGCGAAGCAGGAAGCAAGGUUCCCAUGGCUACUGAAGACAUGAAAGGUCAUAGAAUUUGAAUAUGUUGUUUCCCAAGCCUUGAAAUGUUUGGAUGCAUUUAAUUUAUUUCUGCAUGUCACGUGUUUAAUGUUAAGCUCAUCUUCUAGAGGAUCUAGCUGCUUUCAGGGGUUACUAACCCAAUUAUGUAUUUUCUUGCUAUGCAUGUCCUAAAUGUUAGUUUUAGUGAGUCAAGUGGGACAUUUGUAUACACUAUUUAAAAGGAGAUUCUUAACAUAGACACUGGUAAAUAUUAUUCAUGGAAAUGUUGCUGAAUGUCAUGGAUUAACCAUGGAUGGAAGACUCAUGGGAUUUGAUUUGCAUAAAUGUCAUGAUAAAAAAAAAAAAAA